AUGCCGCCGACAGCAUCCUCCCUCGCAUCAUGGCGAACUCUUGCUUUGAUAUUUGCGCUCAUCAACCUCAAAGCCCUGCCCUUAUCAUGGCACUUCCGGCUGUUCUACCGCAUGUUCACUAGCUGGACGUCCAAGGCGCGUGUCGCCGCCCAUCUCAAGGAACAUGCCUCCUCCACCUCUACAACCGCCUCGUCGUCCUUGUCCUCCGCCAACAAUACCCACCCAAUCUUCCAACCUGUCUCAAUCUUCUCGAGAUCCCCGGUCCUGGAGAUAGAUUAUAACUUUCACAAGAGCAACAGCACGUAUUUCGCCGAUCUCGACGAAAGCAGGACCGCCUUGGUCACUAAGCUACUGGUAGGAGGAUUCAAGUUAGGCGCAAGUAAUCUAGAAAAGGAGGGACACAAAGGCCGCUUGAGCAUCAUUCUAGGGAGCGUGCACACCUCCUUCCACCGCGAAAUCAAGCCCUACGAGCUGUAUGAAGUACGUUCGCGUCUGCUGGGCUGGGAUCAGAAAUGGCUCGUCAUUGCUUCAUUCUUCAUCUGCCCUGGCACAAAGGGGGCCAAGAGUGAAGUUCUCCUGGCCUCCGCUCUGAGUAAAUACGUCGUCAAGAAGGGAAGAUUCACAGUCUCUCCCACACGAUGUCUGACAGCUGCCGGUUGGUUGCCGCCCGCUCCGGAGAACAGCAAUUCAAGUCCCGCCCAAGUAGCGUCAAGUUCUUCAGGAACACCGCUCCCCCUUACCGUCAUGCCAUUAGUUCAACCAGGGGGAAUAUCCGACACAGCAACGCCGGACGGGAUCGCCGCGCCCAUCCCCGAAUCUGCUGCCGAGGUGACCGCAGCCGUGGUUGAGAAACUCGAGAGUGCGGCCGCCGAAGCAGCCUCAUCCUCUACCCAAGCCACACUUACAGAUCCGCUCCUCCCCUUUACAAAACUCGACAAAUCGGGGGCUUGGGAUUGGCACCGCAUCGAUAUGGAGAGACUGCGAGGGCUCCAGAUUGCCGCCAAUUGGUUAGACCUCGACAAGGACCUCACCGAGGAGUUCAAGCGCGGCUAG